AUUCAGAUCAGCAGCACCAGGCGGUUAGAAUUAUGUUGAGUCCUUUGUUAUACCUGUGUGUCCUGGUGAUUAUUUCCACGGUUUUUGGUGAUACUUCCGUUAAAAUUACUCAAUUCCCUGAAUACUUGACGGCAAACAGAGGAACAAACAUCACCUUCUACUGCGGCUAUCCAUUCUCUCUACACUCUUCACGUAUCCAAGUGUACUGGAGGAAGCAGGGAGAGACGACAUACCUGCACACACAAGAGGAUAGCAGGAAACGGUUUGGAGUUAAAAGUAAAGGAAAUCGCUUCUUCCAGUUUCUGGAUGUGAAUAUUCAGGAUGCUGCAGUCUAUCACUGCGAACUGGUGUUAGAGGGGAAAAAAGUAGGAAAUGGAAAUGGAUCGCGUUUAAUCGUGUACGUUCCCCCAACCCCACUGGCGAUUUCCCGCAUGGAUCCCGAAAGAAAUCUGUCUGUAUUUCUGACUCUUGUGUGUGAAACGGCUGAGUUUUUCCCGGAGAAUCUCAACCUCACUUGGUAUAAAAAUGGCAUAGAAAUUACAACAGUGAAUACUAUCACUGAGCAGAGGAAUCCCGGGCAAUUGUUUAAAGCUCACAGUUAUUUGGAGGAGACACAGCCUGUUCAGAGUGGAGAUGUUUAUACCUGUUUGGUAUCUCACGUCAGCCUCCAGAAUCCAGGGAUUGCCAACUAUACGGUUUUGCUUCCUCACACAGGGAUCGGUGAUUGGACAAACAAUUUACUUGCACCUGGAUGUGCAGGUGGUGCGUGUGCAUUAUUGGUUAUUUUCAUCCUUUUUGCAAUCGGAUGCAGACUAAAGAAACGGAAAGGUUCAGGCGUGAUACCAAAUGAAACGGACUGCCCCGGAAAACGGACUGCGAUGGAAGCAGAUGCUGAGAGGAUGGUGUAUGCCACAUUGGAUUUAACUGGUUCUAAAAAAGUUGGAAAACCCAAGCAUCAGGAGGAGAGGACAGUAUAUGCCCAGACCAAACAGGGGACAUCCAGUAACAAAGUGACCUAUGCUGCUUUAGAUUUGUCUGGCUCCAAGAAAACAGCAACGCUUAAUCACAAUGACAAGAAUACAGAGUAUGCAGAAAUACAGAUGAAAAAGCUACAGAGGAGCAACAGAGACUGUCUCUAGAAAGCAAUGAGCCAUACACACACACAAAGUAUUGACGUAUUUAAGUGGCAGGUCUUGCCUCGUGGCCUUUGUUCAUUCACGUAUGUGCCAGUAUCACGCCACUAAUCGACCAUGACUUCCAGAGGUACCUGUAGUUAUCAGUGUCUGUUUUUUAUUUUAGUUUUCGGUCAACAAAUUAUGCUUAAAGGAAAAUAAACCCUCCUGCUUCAGUCUGGAUAAGCUAAUAUUUGACAGGUAUAUAUUAUUUUAAUUAACCAUUAAUAUCUGUAUCAAUAUAAUAAUGUGCUUAAACCUAAAUAUGGUUUAUCUAAGAUAAAAACACAGCUAUUAUAUCACUAAAAUGAAACUUACCAAAAUGCAUACUUUAAUAAAUACUUGGCAAAAUUAUUUCAGAGAUUGAUUCAUUUCCAAUAAGCAGUGAUAGUAGCAUGGAUGAGGGUCUUGGAGGCCGGAGGGCCAGCAAAGUUGCUGAGGUGGGGGACAGCUGAACGGAUCAAGGCAGAUUUGGGGUUUAAAGGACAGUUGAGAGUCAACACCAAAGUUCUACACCUCCAUGAGGUGGAAUGUGCAUCCACGGAGUCCUGGAGGUUAGAUCAUUCACCUCGCAAUCGAGAAGACCUGGGGUUUGAUUCCCGGGCAUGGCAAAAUGU